UUGGGUACUUGGAGUGUCUUUGGCCUAACCCACGCCUUGGUCUCUGCUCACAGAACAUGAAUGAGCUAAGCUGCAGCGCGAGCUCGGUGGUGCAGCGCUACGUGCAGGACCCGCUGCUCAUCGCCGGCUACAAGUUUGACCUGCGUCUGUACGUGUGCGUGCCCAGCUUCCACCCGCUGCGGGUGUACUUGUACCGCGAGGGACUGGCCCGCUUCAGCACGGAGCGCUUCUCGCUCAAGAGCCUCGACAACCUGUACUGCCACCUCACCAACACCUCGCUCAACAAGCAGGGCCCCGCCUACUCCGAGAUGAAGGAGCGCGUCGGAGCAGCGGGCUGCAAGUGGACGCUGCAACAGCUGCGGCGAUACUUCCACCAGGCGCGCAUAUCCGACUGGUGGCUCUGGCAACGCAUCUCGCAGCUCGUGGUCCUCACCGUCCUGAGCCAGCUGCGCGGUGUGCCGCGAACUGCCAACUGCUUCGAGUUCUACGGCUUCGACGUGCUCAUCGACUCGGCCAUGCGACCCUGGCUGCUCGAGGUGAACCUCAGCCCAGCGCUAGGAGUAGACUGCGACGCGGACCCCGUUGUCAAGAAGCCCAUGCUCCACGACCUGUUCGACCUGCUGGGCAUGCCGGUCUGCAACACGGGCCUGUCGCUGUUCCGCAUCUGGUCCAAGAACACACCGCCUGCGCUGUCCGUGCAGCUGCGACGCCGCCACGAGGAGCAGCAGCGGCAGCAGCAGCGGCAGCAGCAACAUCAGCUGCAACAGCAGCAACAGCAGCAGCACCGUGAGCGAGCUAGCACGCAGCAGCAGCUGCAGCAGCAGCAGGCGUCCAGCUCGGGCUCCAGUCACGGCUCCAGCGGCACGGAGGGCGCCGAGGAGGAGGACGACGUCCGCAGCCCCCGCCGCAAGAACUCGUCGGCCAUCACCGCGGCCACGGCGGCCGGCGUCUGGCGCAGGCGCUCACAGACCGCGUCGGCCGCGGGGUCGCAGCGGUCGCACAGGUUGAGUCGGUCAUCCUCGGUGGACGGCGAAGACGGCGUCGGCCUCGGGCAGGGUCCCCGCGCAAAGAAGCAGCUCGGGCGCGCAGGUGUGGGUGCGGGAACGAGUGCAAGUGCAGGGGGAGCAGAGCCGCGGUCCCGCGGCCACCACCUGCAGGCGCCCGCCGCCGCGCGCACGGCGGCGCGCAGCAGGAAGGUGCGCCGCUGCUCUGGCCCGGACCUGGAGGGCGACAUGGACAACGCCGUGCAGCUCAUCAACAACGGCAGCGGCUGGCGGAGGCCGAGGCCCUCCACGGCAAUGCCGAGACGAGGCCGUGCCGUCUGGGGUAAUGGCCGCGACUGGUCGCGGGCCCCGGCCGCAGAGGGCGACUGGGUGCGUGUCUACCCGACCUGCGACUCGUGGAUGGCAGCCGAGGACGACCUGGGGCCCCUGGCGCGCCUGCACGACGAGGACGCGGCCGAGUUGGUGCCCGUCGGCGACAAGGAGGUCAAGGCCAUCGUGGCGGCCGUCCAGAAGCUCAGCAGGGUGGUGCGGGAUGCGCACCGCCGCUACCCGAAGGUGUCCGACGACGAGCAUCUCCGCCUUGUCACGGACGCCGUGCAGGAAGACGUCAUCCUCUGGCUACCGAACAGCUGAGUUAGUUCUGAGCUUAAAAAUAAGCUUUUAAGUGAUGUGGAUUCCGAGACCGAGGAGUCGGCACCACAAUGUGGACAUGCCAUCUCCUGUGGCAUGGCACUAAAACCCUCUUCCAUUUUCUCACCUCUGCAGCCAAUGUGGAUUCCAUUUACCUGCAUGUUUUAUGCAGGAAAUUUUAUUUAUUGACGAAGCAAAAUCUAUUGCUUGACAAUAAUAAAUAUGUAUUUUUCCCGUAAAUUUCAAAAUUGUCACUUUUAAAGAACUAUAUCUAGAGAUGACUAUUCAGAUGUAUAUAGACUUUCCUCUAACUGGUAAGAGUGGCACAUUAUUUCUUCCCUUUUCAAAUGUUGUAGAUGUAACUUGAAACCUCAUCACUCGCUCAGUUCCUAUGUCCUUAGAAAAGUGCCAAUCAAUCGCAAUCAAUUCUGUUUAUAUAAAAUGUCUUUCUCAGUUUGUCUCAAAAUUAAAUCCUGCCAUAAACUGUAGUUGGUUAAGUGAUCCUGAUUUUUACUUUGAAUCGUUUUUAUAGCAUGUUUAGGAAGGCAGUCCACUAGGAAAAAUGGAUCAAUGUUUAGGAGGGUAUACAUAAAACACAUACUAUGUAAAUUAUUACGCUUGGAAAUUUUCCAAGGUAACAUGGGACCAUUGUAUUGUAUAUGUACUAUACUCUAGGAUUGUGAGAGUACUAUCAGGUUAAUUAAAAUGUGGCCGUUAAGAUUCACAUUAGAUAAAGCUGUGAACAGGGUGUUGAUAAUUUGCCCAUAAUAGGGCCAUUUGAGUCACAAACGAUCCAGGAAACCUCAAACCUCCGCAUAUUUUGAAACAUUAAACUUACUUUAUCUCUACUUCUUUCACUUAAGUAUCAUAAAUCUUCCACUCAAUGCACAGUAUUUCCUAUAUAUUCUUCCAUAAUUGUGCUGAACUCAGUCACGCACAAUACAGUCAAAUCUUCUAUUUUACAUUUUUCACUUUCCUAAUUUAUGAAAUUAAGACGGUCAGAGUGCAAUGCGAGAAUGAAAAUGUGUAGAAUGUAACUUUUUUGCAAGUGUUCAACACCCAAUGUGUUCUUAAAAUAAACGACUUACAACACG